AUGAAACAAAAAAACGAAAAUCUGAUAGAAGAUACAUUAUCUCUUACUGUCUAUGCAAACCUUGUACAACUCACAAAGAAAAGACAUUCAAAGAAAAUUGAACACAAAAACAUGCAUCUGUCAAGAAAAUUCGAAAUAUUACUAAAGAAAAAGUUCAAACAAAAUAAAGAGAUAACACCAGAAGAGAAGAAAGAACACCAAACAAAAACGCUAUUAAACUUUUCUGGUAUUGAAAUUCCUGAUGAAUUUAUUCCGUUAUUGUCAAAGGGUCUCGAAUUCAAAAUUUCAACGAAGAAAUUACCUAUAAUUGACAUGAUUUGUGGAAUCAAAAAAGCAGCAAAAUCAUUUUCUUCACCUUCAAUGGCAAAUGGAUUUCGAUUUGAAUGCAAAAGAAUUAUGGAAAAAGAAAAAAACACUAAAUUAACAAAUAUUACAAAUGAGCUGUGUAAUGGAUUAAAUGAAUGGUUGAAACAAAAUAGACUUAUUUUGAUCGAAAACGACAAAGGCAGAGCAACAUGCAUAAUUUCGCAACAAAAAGUAGACGAAUUAAUUAAUCAAGAAUUAUCCAACAAAGAGAGAUAUGUAGAACUGAAAAGUGAUAAUAUUGAGAAAGCAAAAACGGCUAUUAACAAGGAAAUCGCAAAUCUCCGAAAAGAAAACAUUAAAGAACUUAAAUAUCUAACAACGUCAGCAAAAUCAUACAUAAAAGACACGGAGCAAUUUGUUAACAAAGUAAAAGAAAUUAAUUUGGACGAGAAUGAGAAGUUGGUGAGUUUUGAUAUUGCAGAUAUGUACCCUUCCCUACCAAAAUCUGAAGUCAUACAUGAAGUAGAAAGGAGAAUCAGAGAAGACACUUUUAAAACAAAUCUUAAUAAAGAAGCCUUAGUACGUCUCGUGAAAAUCUCAGUUGAGUUUAUGACCUUCAAAAUAGGAAACAAAUUCUACAACCAGGCGGAUGGUCUUUUCAUCGGAUCACCUGCGUCGCCAUGUUUUGCCGAAAUCUACAUUCAAAGAAUAGUUGAAAAUAGUAUCUACUCAAUGUUACACGCACCAAGAAUUUGGCUAAGAAAAGUAGAAGAUACGUUCACUGUAAAAUUCACAGGGGAGGAAGAAAAGGAUGACCAGAUCCCAUUUUUGGAUUGUUUAAUAAUGAGAAAAGAUGAUAAUACAGUAAGAGCAAAAACCAUUUGCACAGAAGAAGCAGACCUCAAAGAAGAAUUGAAUUAUAUACAAAAAACUACGCAAUUAAAUGAGUUUCCCAAUAACAUCGUAACAAAAACGAUAAAAGAAACAUUAAACAAAGAAUGUAAUGGAAGAAACCAGACAGACAGACGAAUUCAAUUCGAUUGUUUUUACCCUAUGAAAAAGGCAUCUCAGAACAAAUCGCCAGAGUAUGCAAGAAAUUUAAUGUAA